AAAGGGUGAGGGGCGCAGCUCCCGCUCGGCGUCUGAGGCAGUCGCUGAGGAAAAUCUUCCUUUUCGAAUAGACCUGGAGGCUCCUCCAGACACCUGCAGACCCUCUCCACGGCUGCCGCCCGGUACUGAAAUCACCCCAUCCGCCGUGCGAGUGGCACGGUCCGAGAGCGCGGCGGGGAAAGCCUUCCGGCGCGGAGCGGCGCCGCGUCGGGAGGCGACAUGGCCCUGCCGGGUGGAAAUAAGGAUAACAUUAGAGCAGGAUGCAAAAAAUGUGGCUACCCUGGUCACCUGACAUUUGAAUGUCGAAACUUCCUCCGAGUAGAUCCUCAAAGAGAUAUUGUUUUAGAUGUUAGUAGUACUAGCAGUGAAGACAGUGAGGAAGAAGAACUACAGAGAUUGCAAGCCAUGCGUGAAAAAAAAAGUUUAAAUGAGGAAGAAGAAAAAAAGAAACAAAAAAGAAAAAGCAAAGAAAAAACAAAAUUAAAGAGACCAAGGAAAAGAUCUUCCUCAUCAAGUGCGGCUGAAGAGGAUGGGCCAAAGUCAAAAAAACAAAAAUCCCACAAAAAACAAAGGGUAAAGGAAAAAAAGAAGUCUAAGAAAGGAAAACAUCAUAAAAAGGAGAAAAAGAGGAGACGAAAGGAAAAAAGUUCAUCUUCUGAUAGUUCAGACAGUUCUAGUAGUGACUGAGGUGCUCGCCUGUUUUUGCGUUCACUUCUGCAGGGAAGAUUAUUUUAAUAUCAAAUGAAAUGUAUUUAUGCAUUAGUGAUGGUUGUAAUCCUUUGCACUAGGAUAUGGUAAACUUCAUUUGCAAGUCUUUGUGUAGAAAGAUCGGGACUUAAAUAUGCAUAAUGUCAGAAUAGUUAAGUUUGGAAAUACAAGGGAGAUUUUUGUAUUAUGAUAUCCUUUCAAUAAAUGUAUGUUUUCCUUAAUAUUUUCUGCUUACAUACAUUAAUCAGUAAGUGCAAAUAUGAAAUUAUGUUUGGGUGCAGAGAAGGGAAAGAAUGGGCAAUGAGAAGCUAAAAGAUUGCUCCUUCAAAAUUAUCCUCUAAAAUUGAUGUACUCAUAAACUGUGAGACACAUUCUUUCGGCAAGAUCACUGUGAGCAAGCUGAAAACAAACAAAAGCCAACAAAAGCUAUUAAUUUUUUAUGUCCUUUCUUUCUGCCUGGAUUUUGGUCUUUUACAAUUACAGUCACACCAUCUUUGCCAUAGUUAUGAAGUGCUGCUUCCUAACACUAGAUGACUGUCCAGCAAAAUUGUUUACAAAAUUCCAAGAACCAUGUUAAUACAGUAUGUGGUUAUUAAUGCCUCCAUGAACUGAAACAGGAAAUGCAAAGACAGACAGUUGACAAGAAUCUUGAAGCCUCCAUUCAUUCUAAUAAAACUCCAAUUGAAAAGUUAAAAAACGCCCAACAAACCUCUUUUGGAAGAUAAACAGUCUAUCAUGUGAAGCAAAUUUUACCAUUUGCUAUCAGGAGCAAUGUUAUACGUGUCAAAAUUUUAUAACUGGAAUCUGGUGUAUCCAGUUCAUGUAUUGUACUGUGGUGGAGAACAGGUUCAACAUAGGCUGAGAGUUUUGAGUGGAGUAGAUUUUAAGUUCAUAAUCCUGGCCCAGAAAUGCCUAAACCUCAGAGUGCCUACGUUCAUAGUUUCUUGAAAAUGCUUUUCUUAUCCAUGUUUUUGGGGUUUUUUGCUUAGUCACAGAAUUUCCUCCACCCAAGCAACUUGGCCCUUGGCAUACAACUGCAGUAUAAGUCUCAUGGGAGUCAGAAUGUGAGGAAGACCAAUGCCAAAGCUUUCUUAACAGUGAUAUCCAUUGCCUGUAUUGUCUAUGGUGUCUACAGAGCAUUGAGUCAGAACAUAACAGUUUACAGUGUUUUAAUGGGUACUGCAUGUGGCCUGAGAGUGAGAUACCUAGAUUUAACUUUUGUCUUUCAGACUCCUGUGUCUCACACCAGUACCCUGAGUAUUGGGCAACUUGUGCUGAAGAUGCUGUGCUAGGGAAUAUUAAAGUUCAAUGUACUCAUGGAAGCCACAGAGCAAGAAGAAAUAAUCUGUAACCUUCUAUGUAGGUCUCUCACUAGAGGAUGACAGGAGUCCUUGCAUCUGCUCUUUUUCUUGCUGGCUUUGGUUCAAUCUAAUUUUUCAUAUAUCAUAAUUUCAGGGAUGGGCUUGGAUUAGAUAAUUGAAGAGAGACUCAACUCCUUAAUUAGCUGAUACUCCUGCAUAAUAUGAGGAAUGUUUAUUUCAUAAGUACUAAUUUAACAGAUUUUCCAACCCUGUUCACUCUAGUCUUCUCCUUGUUGCUGUGGCUUCUAAAGCUUAUUUUUGACUGGGUUAAUUCUGUAAGCCAGUCAUUCUAUAGAGAGCAACAAGGGAAUUGUGAGCUACUUAAGCCAGUACUACUUUCAAAUCAAGCCACAGCUUAAGACACGUCUCACAUGCUUUUUUCCCCCUGAAAAUGUUACUUACUUAAUGAGAUUGGAAGGGCUACUGGAGUUAGGGGAAUUCUGAACUCGUGUAAUUCUCCCAUCAUCUUUCCAUGGUCUCCCAACGAUCUCAUGACACCAAUGCUGGGGAAUAGAGUUUGUACCUUACUUGUUUAUUUUUGAAAGGUUAAUCUGAAGACAAGGAGCUGAAGGGAAAUUUCACUGAGCAUUCUAUACCAUAGUCACUAAUGAGCUUAUGAAACAACACAAUACAGUUAGUGUAUAUUUAUGCAUAAAUAUAAUUUAUCCAUCAAAUUAUUUAAUGACAAAUUAGAGAACAUGUAGGAGCUUAAAGUUUACCAAAACUACUGGUAUAUAUUUUAUUAGUGUUCCUUACACUUUUGUGUAGUUUCAAGUACCCAUUUUAGAUUCUAGUUCAAAUUGUUGAAGUAAAAGGAUUAGCUGUCUAAAUGAUGGUGCAGUUACCCUCCAUGUAGCUUUACAGCAGCUAUUUAUGGUAGUUACAAUGGUAUUUUCUACAAGAGUGUAAGGCAUGAAUUUCAGUGUUCGUGUUUUGUGACUUGUUACUUGUGUACAUAGGUUUUCAUACUGGAAAAAGGCUUUUCUAAUUGGAACAGUUUAAAUAUUCUCUCAGUACAUGCAUUUAUGUAACAUAAUAUCAUGUCAGCUUAGGUUUUGGGCCAUAAUCCAUUUUAUUUACUAAUAUGUACAUUAAAGUCAGUAGAUUUUGUCACAGAAAUGCUUAGAAUUUUAGGUAUAUUAACUGAUAUAUCAAGGACCUGCUGCCAUGAACUCUGUCAAGUUAAUAUUUGCUAAUCUUUAAAAAAGCUAUGUAAAAAUAAAUACUAUUUUUCUUACUUGA